CAGGAGUACAUCCAUAGUUAGUACCUCUCCCAAUGCUGGCCUCUCCCCAGGGCAACAAGAGAGUGGCAGCAUAUUGAGAGAGGAAGUGCUAGGGCUUCCAUUCAUUCACACGCUUCCUGGGCAGAGUAGCUGCGGGAUAUAUACUUACAUCUGGCUACUCCCAGCCUAUUAGACCUGGCUGGAAACUAUCAUCCUUGUGGAUUAGUACUUUCAGAGAAGCGGAGUGAUUGGAUAGAAUACAGUACUUUUGGAUAUAUCCCUACAAAAGGGAACCAUGGCCAAGAUGGAGGGUAAGACCUCACUCCUAGACAAUAUGAUAGGUGUGGGUGAUAUGGUGCUCUUGGAACCUCUCAAUGAAGAAACGUUCAUCAAUAACCUCAAAAAGCGUUUUGAUCACAGUGAAAUCUAUACCUACAUUGGCAGCGUGGUUAUAUCUAUAAACCCUUACAGAUCACUGCCGAUUUACACACCAGAUAAAGUAGAGGAAUACAGAAACCGUAACUUUUAUGAACUUAGUCCGCACAUCUAUGCUCUUUCUGAUGAAGCAUAUCGAUCUCUGAGGGACCAGGAUAAGGAUCAGUGCAUACUGAUCACAGGUGAAAGCGGAGCAGGAAAAACAGAGGCGAGCAAGCUGGUUAUGUCAUAUGUAGCAGCUGUCUGUGGUAAAGGAGCAGAAGUUAAUCAAGUCAAGGAGCAGUUGUUGCAGUCAAAUCCAGUCCUGGAAGCAUUUGGAAAUGCAAAAACAAUGAGGAACGACAACUCUUCCAGAUUUGGCAAAUACAUGGAUAUUGAAUUUGAUUUCAAGGGUGACCCACUUGGUGGUGUUAUAAGUAACUAUCUCCUAGAGAAGUCCAGAGUUGUCAAACAGCCAAGAGGUGAACGGAAUUUCCAUAUCUUUUAUCAGAUGUUGUCUGGAGCCUCUGAGGACCUUCUAAGUAAACUGAAACUGGAACGAGAUUUCAGCAAAUAUAACUAUCUAAGCUUGGAUUCUGCCAAAGUGAAUGGUGUAGACGAUGCAUCCAACUUCAGAACUGUCAGGAAUGCUAUGCAGAUUGUAGGCUUUUUGGAACAUGAAACACAGUCCGUCUUGGAGGUUGUAGCUGCAGUGUUAAAAUUGGGAAACAUUGAGUUUAAGCCAGAAUCCCGUGUCAAUGGCCAGGAUGAAAGUAAAAUUAAGGAUAAAAAUGAGCUGAAGGAAAUCUGUGAGCUCACGGGCAUUGAUCAAAGUGUGCUAGAACGCGCGUUCAGUUUCCGGACAGUGGAAGCCAAGCAAGAAAAAGUCUCCACAACUCUCAACGUAGCUCAGGCAUACUACGCACGAGAUGCACUGGCUAAGAACAUGUACAGCAGACUGUUUUCCUGGAUUGUCAACCGAAUAAAUGAGAGCAUAAAGGCGCAAAGUAAAGUAAGAAAGAAGGUUAUGGGAGUCCUGGACAUAUAUGGUUUUGAAAUAUUUGAGGAAAACAGUUUUGAGCAGUUUAUCAUCAACUACUGUAAUGAGAAGCUACAGCAGAUCUUCAUUGAACUGACCCUUAAGGAAGAACAGGAAGAAUACAUCCGUGAGGGAAUUGAGUGGACUCAUAUUGAGUACUUCAACAAUGCAAUUAUAUGUGAUCUCAUUGAGAAUAACCAAAAUGGAAUCCUGGCCAUGUUAGAUGAAGAAUGCUUAAGGCCAGGCACGGUUACAGAUGACACAUUCUUGGAAAAACUGAAUCAGAUCUGUGCUACCCAUCAGCAUUUUGAGAGUCGAAUGAGCAAGUGUUCACGCUUCCUGAAUGACACGUCUCUCCCACACAGCUGCUUCAGGAUUCAGCAUUAUGCUGGGAAGGUCAUGUACCAAGUGGAAGGAUUUGUUGAUAAGAACAAUGACUUGCUCUACCGUGAUCUCUCCCAAGCGAUGUGGAAAGCAAACCAUUCCCUUAUCAAGGAUAUGUUCCCAGAAGGCAACCCGGUCAAGAUAAAUCUCAAGAGGCCACCAACUGCGGGUUCACAGUUCAAGGCAUCAGUGUCAACUCUGAUGAAGAAUUUACUUACAAAGAAUCCCAACUACAUCCGGUGCAUUAAGCCUAAUGACAAGAAGGCUGCCCAUAUAUUCAACGAUGCCCUAGUGCGCCAUCAAGUCAGUUAUCUUGGUCUUCUUGAAAAUGUACGGGUCAGAAGAGCAGGCUAUGCCUUCAGACAGCCAUAUGAACCUUGUUUGGAAAGGUACAAGAUGCUCUGCAAGCAGACAUGGCCCCACUGGAAAGGACCAGCAAGGGUUGGUGUAGAAGUGCUGCUCAAUGACUUGGAAAUUAAUAAAGACGAAUUUUCUUUUGGAAGAUCAAAAAUAUUCAUCCGUAAUCCACGAACUCUGUUCAAGCUGGAAGAGUUGAGGAAGGAACGUCUAGAAGACCUAGCAACUCUAAUCCAGAAAAUCUACAAGGGAUGGAAGUGCCGCACUCAUUUUCUUCUGAUGAAGAGGAGUCAGACAGUAGUGGCUGCCUGGGUCAGGCGCUAUCUUCAACAGAACAAGUACAAGCGGAUUAAGAGCUCUACCAUUGUGGUACAAUCCUUUACCAGAGGAUGGAAGGCCCGUAAGAUUCUUAGGGAACUUAAGUACCAGAAGCGGUGCAAUGAGGCAGCUACCACAAUUGCAUCUUACUGGCAUGGAACACAGGCGCGAAGGGAACUGAGACGACUGAAGGAAGAGGCUAGGAAUAAACUUGCUAUUGCUGUAAUAUGGGCUUACUGGCUUGGACUAAAGGCUCGAAGGGAAUUGAAACGCUUGAAGGAGGAGGCUAGGCGUAAGCAUGCUGUUGCAGUCAUUUGGGCUUACUGGCUUGGACUAAAGGUACGUAGAGAAUACAGAAAGUUUUUCCGUGCAAAUGCUGGAAAGAAGAUUUAUGCUUUCACAAUACAGAGAAUAAUGCAAAAGUACUUUUUGGAAAUGAAGAAUAAGGUUCCUUCCGUAUCACCCGUAGACAACAACUGGCCAGCAAGACCUUACCUCUUCUUGGAUACAACACACAAGGAAAUGAAGAGGAUUUUCCAUCUGUGGAGGUGUAAAAAGUACAGGGACCAGUUCACAGAACAGAAAAAGUUCAUUUAUGAUGAAAAACUGGAAGCCAGUGAACUCUUCAAAGAUAAGAAAUCUUUGUAUCCUGCCAGCGUUGGACAACCAUUCCAAGGGGAUUAUUUGGAAAUCAGCAAAAACCCCAAAUAUAAGAAGCUAAGUGAUGCCAUUGAAGAUAAAAUAAUAAUUGCUGACACCGUGAGUAAAAUAAACAGAGCCAAUGGAAAGGGGGCAACGAGGAUUUUCUUGUUGACAAAAAGUAAUGUCAUUAUCGCUGACCACAAGUCAGGCCAGAUCAAGCUGGAAGUUCCCUUGGGAGAUGUUACCAAAGUGAGCAUGAGUUCCCAAAAUGACGGUUUCUUUGCAGUCCAUCUCAAGGAGGGCUCUACAGCAGCUGGAAAGGGGGACUUUCUCUUCAGCAGCGAUCAUCUCAUAGAGAUGGCUACCAAGCUUUACCGAACGACACUGAUGCAGACAAAGCAAAAAAUCUUCAUAGAGAUUGCAGACGAGUUCUUAGUGCAGUUCAAGCAAGACAAAGUCUGUGUAAAGUUCAUACAAGGAACCCAGAAGAAUGGCAACAUCCCCACCUGUAAGAGGAAAAACAAUCGCCUUCUGGAAGUGGCAGUGCCAUAAUGGCACAGAGUUUAAUACACGGACUAGCUCAUCUAUAACAGUGCAAUUUAGUGAGGGGUUGGGGGAGGUUCAGCUUUUUUCUUUCUUUUUUUUUUUGUUUAUUUUUGAUUGGGCCAAAGGCGGACGGUAGUGUUGUGCCUUCAGUCUACGAGAUUCAACAAUCUUAAGAACAAUAUAGGCUUUAUCAUAAUUUACCUUUCUAUGCAGCUGUUUUUACCUAAUACAGUGAAUCCAAAUAAAAAGGUUUCUGGUCAGCAAUCUAUAGAUCGAAACCAUCGUUUUGCAACAAAAAGUUAUUCCCACAGUAGUACAGUCAGGCUAUAUGAUCCACAGUCUUUCAAAUGUGUCCCACUAAAUUGCACAAUAUAAAAUACUGAGGGGUAUAUUUACUAAAAUUUGGAUUUUUAUAAAAAUAUAUAAAAAAUUGUAUGUCAGUAAAUGUGUUACGACCCCUGAAACACAACAUUAAUAUAGACCGAUUUUAAUCUACACAAAUAGCUUAAAACUGAGCUUUGGUAAAUAUACCCCUAAGCAUACCCUAUUGGUUCUCUAUGAGAAGAGUUAUGACCCUCCAUUAUUUACAUUAUACCUGUAAAAAAAAAAUUGCAUUACUUUUAAACUUGCAUUUAUAAUUUUAGUCCCUUUUUAAGAAAAAUAAAAAAAAGUAUAUUUAAUAUAGACAUGCUCCAUCAAAUAUAAGAAGUUUUUAUUUUCCUAUGUAUAAUCUGCCACAAACCAGUAAAUUCCCUGGAACAUUUGCAUAGACGACCAAGCCGAAAGUAAAUGUUUUUAAAUAGUUUGUGUUUGCCAAUUCAGAAGAUGCAUUGCCUAUGGUCUUAUGCGUUACUGCAUCUUGCUUCUCUACAUUGCUACAGGAAACUAGUAUAAUGACCGCUUCUGUUAUUUUAAUUAUGUGUUAAAAAAUAACUUGGGUUGAAUUUGUUGUUAAUGUUUACUUAUUAUGACUGAGUAUACAGUACAUGUAGUCUUUACUAUGGAACCAUGCUGAGUAUCAGCUGGGAAUGGUAGCUCUAAGUGACUGCACUACAGGAGUGUCCCAUCAGGGAGUGUAUGCCGGGAAUGUUCUCACAGAUUAGAUGUAGUUAUCCAUGUACAUCAUACUGUACCUCCCAAAGUGCAAACUAAGGAGAGCGUAAUCUCCACCUCCAAUCCACAGAUAGCUUGCCAGCAAUUUCCAUAAGAUCACACCUACUUCCGAAAAACUGAUCAUUGGAAUAGUCCUGCCAAAAUUGGGACUACUGGCAUGUAUAUGUUACUAUGCCUUCUAUAUAAUUAACAUCUAAACAGAGCAGCCUGCAUCCAGACAAAGGGGACACAAACCUAAAGAGGAUAAGUGUAAGUUCUUAGCAACCAAUCAGAUUUUAGCUAUUAUUUAUCUAGUACAUGCUAUAAUAUGACUCUGGUUGCUAUGUGUAACACCUCUACUUGUUCUCUGUGGAAGGUACAGUAUAAUAAAUAUUCUUAGGGUUACUGUAUGUAUGAGUGUGAUGAUAUGCACCAUAGUCACGUGGGCAGUGAUGUAUGGCUGGUAAUAUUGUCACACAUGUUUAGUUUUGUAUGUACAUGGAAGCCAUCUAUGCUACAUCCAGUCUGCCAUAGUUACUAAGCCACAAAUAAUUCACAAAUAGCAUUUAUUCUGUAUUUACCAUGUUGCCUUAUAGAUGACACUAAUCUGACUCAUAAGUAUUUUCUGUUUGAUUCAGUCAAAUUGAAUCUCAGGCCUUAUUUCUCAAACUCACCACAAAGCCUUACAACCCACUAGUGACAGAGCUGGAACAAUUCAGCGUUGCAUAAACAUAUGCUCUUUUACUGAAACAAGCCUGUUUGUCCUACCUCCCAAAUAUUAAUUACAAAGAGCCUUAUGUUCGUAUUCUGCAGAGUAUGGAAGUAAUUGAAGUUAGGGUCUCAAAUAAUAAUUCAUGGGAUUAUAUCCAUAACCCACAGGAUUUGCCAUAUGACAUAGUACUAUGCAAGUCAGGACUGUACAUUUACAUUUUAUUUGUAAGUGAUAUUUAAAUUAAUCGGAAUAUUAAUGAAAGGAAAAGGUCUCCUUGUGUAUUGUGUUAUAGCCUAUACAAUGUGCAAUAAUCAUUCACUUUGGUAUUAUUUAUUUCACAAUACUGUGUAAUUAAAUACUCUUGUAAGUACAGUAGGUUGAAGUAAUGGACAGAUAAUUGGUGGUGAUUGUUAGUGAAAUACAUUACUAGGAGCAGUCUCCGAUUUCCUGUAGGUGGAGACCAGAGAAGAAAUUCUGAUAUUCAAUUUUUAUUAUUCCUUAGUACUUUUUCAAUAGUACACUUCUGUCUUACCUGUUUGUAUCCCCAUUUACUUUUUAUUAAUCAUGUACCUAUUGUAAGCUGCACCCAAAAGUUCCUCCAAUCGAGAUCUGCAUUAUAAAGCAUUCUUUGUAAUUUGCUGAAAUUAAUCUUUUAUAAAACUGAGACAUGACAUGAAAAA